AUGGGGUCUCCCCGGCUACACCUCGUCUUCCAGAACUGCCGGAGAGGAUCAUGUGGCCGGGCGGAGGAGCAGGAUGCUGCGGAGCGGGCCGCAGAGGCCCUGCUGGUCCAUCCCCAGCCGCAGACCUGCCUGGGUUGGGCCCCGCGGGCGGAAGGGCCCGGCCCUCGCUGGGGCGGCCCCUCGCUGGCAGGAGGCGGGCUAGAAGGCACCCUCAGUCUGGGCCCCCAAGCCCAGCAGGGGGAGGGGAGGGCGGAGACGGUGCUGCUCGGGUGGGACAGCUCCCCUGUGAAGGUGUCCAGGAACCCGGCCCUCCGGGGACACAGCCUGCACCUGCCAGCCCGGCCCCGGCACCAGGCCAGCCUCCGAAGACCGGCCGGGAGUCACACUCCCCGGGCCCCACCAAGCAGCCUUCUAGAGGGUGAGCUGUCCAGGGCUAAGGGCGUGGUCUCCUGGGUGGUGUGCAAGAAGGCCGAGCCCAGUGCAGCCAGGCCCAGGGAGAGCUCAGCCCUGACGGCGGUGGUGCUGGACGGUCCACGCUGCCCAGCGUGGCAGUCAGAGACAGAAGCUUGCCGUGUGGAGGGAUGGUUGGUGUCCCUACAUCUCUGGAAAAGAAAACUGGGGGUGACCACCCACUGCCUGCGACGGAUCCCUGGACAGGACCUCCACGCAUGGAGCCCCACGCUCCCUUCCUAUGCCCGUGUCCAGCAAGAGGAACCAGGCCGCAGGAAGAGCGCGCUGCCCAGGGCCUGCUCCCCUGGGUCCAGCCUGGGGGCUGCCCUUCUCCCACUUCCCGGGAGUCUGCCCAGACCCUCCCUGCUCCCAGAACAUAGAGACCCCUCCAAGGAAGAGCUUGACCUGGUCCUGUCCCGAAUGUCUAAAGCAAGUCCAAGGGUGGUUGGAGGUGGGAAGGGGUCCCCCGAGCGCCACAAGCAGGGCAUUGCUUAUCCUACAUCUUUAUUUCUGAGGCAGAAGCCACGGCCUCCGCGAGCCCCGCUGCAGCUCCUGGGGUCUGUAAGGGGGGCAGGAGCCCCCCGGGGGCAGGGCCUGGGGCUGCCGCCCUCCUGCCUGUGUGCGGGCCCUGUCCUGCCGGGAAGCAGCCUGGCCUUCCCUCAGGCAGGCCAGGCGCAGAUGGCGCCCGCACCUGCCCAGCCCCACCACCUGACGGCAGCAGAGACGCCGCAUCCUACACGGCGAGGGUCCCCAGGACAGCCCCCGGCAGGGCGGGGUCCCGGGGCCUGGCUCGCCCGCGGCCGCCACCCCGUGCCAGCUGCUCACUGCCCGCCUCUGGGUCCCGACCCGGAUGCCUAUGACAUAAACCAGCUGCGCCACCCCUCAGAGCGGAGCACCCUGAGCCUGCCCCUGGGGCCCCCGCUCCACCGGGACGCCCCAUUCAGCCACGUGCGCCUCCAGCCUCCACAAGCGCUGCCACACAGCCCUGCAGACAUGGCCAAUUUCAUCAGUGAUGGACUGGAGGCUGCGGACAGCGACCCCAGCGUGCCACCCUACGACACGGCUUUGAUCUACGACUAUGAGGGUGGAGGCUCGGUGGCCGGGACGCUGAGCUCCAUCCUGUCCAGUGAGGGGGACGAGGACCAGGACUACAACUACCUCCGGGACUGGGGCCCUCGGUUUGCCAAGCUGGCGGACAUGGGAGGGCCAGGUGUGGGGACAGGCCUAGGGCCUGAGUGGAUCCCCAGGGAGAUUGCCUCAGCCGGCACUCGUUACCAUCGUGAGUGGCUGGCCCUCUGUAUGAAAGCUGGACCCUCAAGGAUCAAGUCGGACAAGCAGCAGCCGGGCAGCGUCAUCUACAGCAUCCAGGGCCCCGGCGUGGACGAGGAGCCCCGCGGCCUCUUCUCCAUAGACAAGUUCACCGGGAAGGUGUUCCUCAACGCCAUGCUGGACCGCGAGACGACGGACCGCUUCCGGCUAAGGGCCUUUGCCCUAGACCUGGGCGGGUCCACCCUGGAGGACCCCACGGACCUGGAGAUCGUGGUGGUGGAUCAGAACGACAACCGGCCGGCUUUCCUGCAGGAGGUCUUCCUGGGCCGCGUGCUGGAGGGGGCGGCCCCAGGCACCUUCGUGGCCAGAGCAGAAGCCACAGACGCAGACGACCCUGAGACAGACAACGCGGCGCUCCGGUUUUCCAUCCUGCAGCAGGGCGGCGCCGAGCUCUUCAGCAUCCAUGAGCACACGGGAGAGAUCCGCACCGUGCAAGUGGGGCUGGACCGCGAGGUGGUCGCGGUGUAUAACCUGACGCUGCAGGUGGCAGACAUGUCUGGGGAAGGCCUUACUGCCACAGCCUCGGCCAUCAUCUCCCUGGACGACGUCAACGACAACGCCCCGGAGUUCACCAGGGAGGAGUUCUUCAUGGAGGCCCCAGAGGCUGUGGGCGGCGUGGAUGUGGGCCGGCUCCAGGUGGAAGACAACGACCUGCCCGGCUCCCCGAAUUGGAUGGCCAGGUUCACCAUCCUGGAAGGCGACCCUGAUGGGCAGUUUGAAGUGCGCACAGACCCCAAGACCAACGAGGGUGUGCUGUCCGUGGCGAAGCCCCUUGACUUCGAGAGCCGCGCGCGCCACGAGCUCACGGUGUCUGUGCAGAAUGAGGCCCCGCUGCAGGCGGCUGCCCCCCGGGCCCAGCGGGGCCAGGCCAGGGUCACCGUGUGGGUGCAGGAUGCCAACGAGGCCCCGGUGUUCCCGGAGGACCCACUGCGGACCAGCCUGGCCGAGGGGGCCCCACCAGGAACCCUUGUGACCACCUUCUCUGCCCACGACCCUGACACACAACAGCUGCAGAGAGUCAGCUACUCCAAGGACUAUGACCCCGAGGACUGGCUGCAGGUGGAAGGGGCCACUGGCCGCGUCCGGACACAACGGGUGCUGAGCCCAGCCUCACCCUUCCUCAAGGGCGGCUGGUACAGAGCCAUUAUCCUGGCCGUGGAUGAUGCGUCGCCUCCUAGCACAGCCACGGCAACGCUGUCCAUCGAGAUCUUGGAGGUCAACGACCACGCCCCGGCGCUGGCUACCCUGCUCACCAGCAGCCUGUGCAGCGAGCCGGACCAGGGCCCGGGCCUGCUCCUGGGGGCCACGGACGAGGACCUCCCCCCGCACGGGGCCCCCUUCCACUUCCACCUGAGCCCCGGGCUCCCGGAGCUCAGCAGGAACUGGAGCCUCAGCCAGAUUAACGCUCUGGCUGGCAGGCUCAGGUUUCCGUCCCUGGCAGCAGCAGGCCCUGGCCAGCCUGACCCCAGAGCAGCUGCCACUUCCUCCUCCCCCACCGUGUGGAGACGGCAGGGCCACACAGCCAGGCUGCCCAAGGCUGCCUCCUACAGCGAUGCAUGGACACCCCAACCCCAGCGGGCCAGCGCCCCGCACCUCAGCCAGGAUGGCAUUCUUUGUCAACACUUGUCAGAUGCCCUCCCCUCGGCGUGGGCCCUCUGUGGGGCUCCGACGAGGCACCUUCCUAGAACCCAGGAAGGUCUUUCUUUGGAAGAGCAGCCCUGGAGCACGUUCCCCAUGCCCGCACUGCAUGGUUUGGCCCUGCUGCGCCUGCUCCUCUGCACUUUGUGCAUCAAGAACACUGGUGCAGGCUGGCCUACCUCACCCCUGCCCGACCCGUGUUGUUACCUGCUGCACCACGGGGCCCACGGCACACUGCUGGCCCUCACAGAGCUGCCUGCUCUGCCCGCUGCGAAUCUGGUUCUCAGCCAGGAUCCUUGGUCCCCUCCUGGCUGUGGACCCAAGAUUCCCAGGCUCUGCCUUGACCGCACCCAGCUGCUGCUGGCCGUGGGCGUGCAGCUGCCGCAGCUGGCAGAGGGUGUGGGCUGA